AUGGAAAAAAUGAAACUCGACUCAACCAUUGUAGGCCGGGAAGAGGAAGUUACCUUGUUAAAAUUCAAGCUUGUAAAUAUGACAAAUUCUAUGUGUAUGUUAAAUAAUGGUUCUAAGGAUUUUGAUGAAAUCCUAGAAGUUGGAAAGAUGUGUAAUGACGUGAAGGGAAUAUGUUUUGAUUCCAGCUCCACGAGAAAAGAAGUAAAAGUUUCAACUAAGGAAUCUGUUCCCCCUAUGAAAAAGGCUAAAGUACAGAUGGUGGGUUAUGUGUCUCAGCAACAUGCUCGACAUAUGUACCCUCAGUACAUAAGAAACAAGAGAUCAUCAUGGAGAUGUCACCACUAUGGAAUAUAUGGCCAUAUAAGGCCCUUUUGGAUUGGUCAUGAAUUCUCAACCCCUAUCACUCCUCAACAAAAUGGAGUAGUAAAGAGAAAGAAUGGGAUCCUACAAGAGUCGGCUAGAUUCAUGUUGCAUGCCAAGAACCUAUCUUACUAUUUUUGGGCUAAAGCAAUAAACAUAGCUUGUCACAUUCGCAAUUGUGUAACCAUAAGAUCUGGAGCCAAAGCAACUCAGUAUGAUUUGUGGAAAGGGAGAAAACCAAUUGUCAAAUACUUUUAUGUAUUGGGUAGCAAGUGUUAUAUCUUGUCAAAUCGUGAUAAAAGAAGAAAGAUGGAUCCCAAGAGUGAUGAAGGAAUUUUCCUAGGAUAUUUCAUCAAUAGAAGAGCUUACAUAGUGUAUAAUAAUCAUGCCAAGACUAUGAUGGAAUCUAUAAAUGUUUUCAUUGAUGAUACUCUUGGAGAUAAGAAAGAAGAUGAAGAUGAAUAUGAUGUUUCUCCUCAAUAA